GGCGGUAGUCGAUAGGGCUCGAUUAGUGAUGUCUGGAUCGGGCAGCUCAGGGAAGAGACCACGCUGCUGGAGGAAUGGACGCGUUCGACUUGUUUAGGAAACUCGGAGCUGGAGCUAAAUUCGACCUGAAGAGGUUUGGCCAAGACGCAGCUCGGUUCAAGGUUGUCAGAUCUCCGGGAGGGGAAGCCUCGUCAGAUGCUCUCUCUGCGAUCGAUUACUUUGGCACAGGAGCAGCCAAUGGAGCCCAGAGCAGGACCACAGUGCUGGAGGAUGAGGAGGUGGAGGACGGAGGAGGAGAAUCUGAGGAGGGAGGUGAGAGUGGAGAGUCUUAUGAAGUAGUCAAGAGGAAGCGAGAGGAUGAAGAGAGGGGCGUGAGGACGAAGAAGAAAAAGAAAAAGAUGAAAAGAAUCCAGGUGGAUGUGGAAGCUGGAGGCAGUCAGCUGAAAGACACAGAUGGAAGUGGCAUCACCUGGACAUCCUCGCUGGACAGAAAGAUACAAAACCUGCCGGGUGAAGAGAAGGAGAAAAACUCCCUGAAGAGGCUGAAGCAUCUGCAUCAGGAAAAGGUGAACCGUGUUCGCUCUCAGCACCGUAUAAAUGUUCACGGCUGCGACGUUCCCGACCCCGUGUGCACAUUUGAGGAGCUGCAGUCCGAGUAUCGACUACACCCGCGAGCCCUUCAGAACCUGAAAGACGCAGGGUUGAAUUCCCCGACGCCAAUACAGAUGCAGGCGAUACCGCUCAUGAUGCAUGGUCGGGAGCUCCUCGCCUGCGCUCCCACAGGGUCAGGAAAGACUUUGGCUUUCUGUCUCCCGCUGCUCGCCCACCUGCAGCAGCCCGCCAACCUCGGCUUCAGAGCUGUGAUUAUCUCCCCGACCAGAGAACUCGCCAACCAGACUUACAGAGAGCUGCUCCGUCUGUCAGAGGGAAUGGGAUUUAGAGUUCACAUCAUAGACAAAGCUUCCCUGGCAGCCAAGAAAUAUGGACCACAGUCGAACAAAAAAUAUGACAUACUCGUCAGUACUCCAAACAGACUCGUCUUCCUUCUCAAGCAGGAUCCUCCAGCUCUCGACCUCAGCAGUGUGGAGUGGCUGGUGGUAGACGAGUCUGAUAAGCUGUUUGAAGAUGGUAAGUCGGGCUUCAGGGAGCAGCUGGCAACAGUGUUUCUGUCCUGCUCUGGUUCGAAGGUGCGCAGGGCUUUCUUCAGCGCCACCUGCACUCCGGAUGUGGAGCAGUGGUGCCGUCUGAACCUCGACAACCUGGUGUCGGUCAACAUUGGACACAGAAAUACUGCUGUGGAGACGGUGGAACAGGAGCUACUGUUUGUCGGUACGGAGAACGGCAAACUGGUGGCCAUGAGGGACAUCAUCAAAAAAGGUUUUCUGCCUCCCAUGCUGGUGUUUGUUCAGUCUAUAGAGCGAGCACGGGAGCUUUUCCAUGAGCUGGUGUAUGAAGGCAUAAACGUAGACGUGAUCCACGCAGACCGCACUCAGCAGCAGAGAGACAACGUAGUGAACAGUUUCCGCUCCGGUAAGAUUUGGGUGUUGAUCUGCACGGCUCUGCUCGCCAGAGGAAUCGACUUCAAAGGAGUCAACCUCGUGCUGAACUACGACUUCCCCACCAGCGCUGUGGAAUACAUCCAUCGUAUCGGUCGUACAGGCCGAGCUGGACAUCAGGGAAAGGCCGUUACCUUCUUCACAGAAAACGACAAACCACUGCUACGCAGCAUUGCUAAUGUCAUAAAACAAGCCGGCUGUCCUGUACCAGAUUACAUGAUUGGCUUCAAGAAGAUACACAGCAAAGCGAAGCGCAGACUUGAGAAAAGGCCUCCCAAGAGAAGCACCAUUUGCACAACGCCUCAUUUCUUAAUGAAGAAAAAGGGCAAAGUUCAAGGACAGAAAGUACAGAAGCAAGCAGCGGACGGAGAGGAUAACGGAGAAGCCAAGACUUCAGAACAGGGACUAAAGAAGAGAAAUAAAACGCCAAAAGAAAAGGGAACAGAAAAACACAAGAAGGCGUCACAGACGACAGGACCAAAUUCCUCCGGAGCAAAGUUUAAAAAGAAGAAAAAUAAGGCACAAAAGAAAUAGAGGAACUGGUACAAGAGGACUGAUAUGAAAAUGAAAUGUUGAUGUUUUUUUUUUUCAUCCUAUGGUGUGAUUUACUACAAGGAUUUCUCAGAGUAUCGGAGUUUAAAAUAAACUGUUUUAUAUAUAGAUGUGUUGUUUUGUUACAUUUGCUCACCUGCAACUUGAGACACAUUCUAACAAACAUUCUUCAAUAAAAAACAUGAAGACUAA